AUGUCAGGUGGGGUUGUCCCGGCCGACGAGAUAGUCCUUAGAGAACAACAAACACAAUCCAAUACCCAACCAAAAUCCCAACUCCACCGUGGCAACAUAUUGUCAUUCCAACAGCUCAACGCGCUCGCGGUCGCCAUCGUCCUGUCCGCGACCGGGAUGGUGGCGAUCGAGUCAUUCGCAUUCGUACUCUUCUCAUUUUUCUACAUGUAUUUCCUCUCUAAAAUCGCAUUCCCUACCCUAAACCGGUCCCAAAACCACCCGGUUUUCGACGAUAGCAGCCGCCUUCUCAGCGUGUACUCGUUCGUAGGAGCCGUGUUCGGGCUGUUUCUACCUGUGGCUUAUAUAUUUGAAGGGAUUAUAGAAGGUGAUAAAGAGGGGAUUAAAGCGGCAACUCCGCAUGUGUUCUUGUUGGCUAGCCAGUUGUUUUUGGAAGGUGUUGCGUAUUCGGAUCGGUUUUCGUUGCCGAUGCGGGUGUUAGUGCCGGUGGUGUAUAAUUCUGCGAGGAUUUUUUCGUUAAUGGAGUGGUUGAGGAGUGAGAUAUCGAAGGUGGAAGUAGAGAAGUUUGGUGGGAGUAGUAGAAGGGUGGUUAUGGGGAGGGUGUUAGCGGUUGCUAAUUUGGUGUAUUGGAGUUUUAAUUUGUUUGGUUUUUUGUUGCCGGUUUAUGUUCCUCUUGCUUUCAAGAGGUAUUACUCUGAUGAAAAGAAUAUUAAAGAUUAA